AUGUCGAAGCAGCCCUAUUUAGGGAUAGCACUGCUUGCCCUCUCGCGGCGAGGCGCAAGAAAAGGCGUCCUAAGCAAAUGCUGGGAAAUCUCGCCAUCUGCAAGUAUACCUGGGCUCGUAGAAUCAAAACUCGUGGUCGAAAAACCAAAAAAGGACAACAACCCUUGCAUCCUUAGGUGAGUCUGAUCACUCUGGCAGCAUGGAAUGUUCAUUUUCCUUUUAGACAGUCCGAGGAACAACCGGCCGGAACGGAGGACGAGCUGGUCGCUGGAGAACUGGCGCGCUACAAGGUGGACAUCGCUGCACUCAGCGAGACACGCUUCUCCGAGGAAGGCCAACUGGAGGAGGUGGGUGCCGGCUACACCUUCCGAAGCAGCCGCCCAAAGAUAGAGCGACACGAUGCCUGCGUCGUCCUUACCAUCCGGAACGACAUUCUGGGACGACUGCCCUGUCUGCCACAGGGUAUCAACGACUGCCUCAUGCGCCUGCGUUUGCCUCUUCGGGGAGCCCAAUUCGCCACCAUCAUAAGUGCCUAUUUGCCCCAAUGA